AUGGUGGUCGCUCUAAGGAAACGCACUAGAAGUGCUACAACAACGACUACUACAAUCAAGAAAGUAACCAAGAAAGUAACCAAGAAGAACAAUCAGACAAAGAGCAAAACGAUCAAAGUAGAAUCGAAAUAUUUCGUCAAGAAGAAACCCAAACUAGAACAAGAAGAAAUCCCAAGUCUAGAUGACGUUGACACAGAAUGGGUAAAAACUCUCAACAAUAAAGAUUACUUCGAAUGGUUAUCCACUAAAACAGGGAAUGUCCCUAACAGAUGGAGCGUCCCUUUACCAUCUGAUGCAUUUAUUAACAAGACAGGGAACCCCAUCCCUUUGAAUUUCAAACCAAUCUACUCAUUCUUAAGAUCAAUGAGAUCAAAAGUUAUAACACCUGUGGAUCUGGUAGGUGGAUCUUCUAUACCGAUGACCAUUGGUAGAAAAUGUGGUAUACCAUUUAAUGAAAUUGAACCCAAAAAUUACAGAUAUCAAGUAUUGACAAGUGUUAUGCUUUCUGCCCAAACAAAGGAUGAAGUUACAGCAAAGGCAAUGUAUAAUAUUAUGAGAUAUUGUAUUGAUGAAUUGGGGAUACCUCAAGGGUUAACUUUGGAAGGUAUUUUACAAAUGGAUGAAGAUGUGAUAGAUGAAUUGAUUAAAUCCGUUGGGUUCCAUACAAGGAAGGCACAUUUUAUUAAAAUGUCUGCUGAAAUGAUAAGGACAAAUUUCCAAUCUGAUGUACCAACUAAUAUUCCAGAUUUAUUAUCACUACCUGGGGUGGGGCCCAAGAUGGCUUAUUUAACAUUACAAAAAGCUUGGGGUAAAAUGGAAGGAAUAUGUGUGGAUGUUCAUGUUCAUAGACUAUGUAAACUGUUUAAAUGGGUUGAUCCUAAUAGUAAGAAUCCAGAACAAACGAGGAAAGAAUUACAAAGUUGGUUACCACCUAUAUUAUGGCGUGAAAUAAAUAGUCUUCUGGUUGGGUAUGGUCAAAUCAUUGAUAGGUCUAGGGGAAAAAUACCCAAGAGGGAGGAGGAAGACGCAGACGAUGUGAAGGAUGAGGAGACAGGAAUAGUAUUGGAAAAAGAAAAGAAGAAAAAGACGAAUGAUUAUUUAGAGAUAACUCAGUUAGAGCAAGGUUUUAGAAGUCACAUGACGAACUAUACUAGUUGGGUGAAAUAUUUGACUACUAAUGCGAAUAAUCUAAGUAAAUUAGAAAUUAAAAUAGAAUCCAAUCAUCUUAAUGUGAAGAAAGAAGAUGAAACAAUGGAUUUAUUUUCCGAGGAACCCAAUAUUGACCUCAAACUAGAGCAUGAUAAUCUUGCCAGUUUGACUACUCCAAAGAAUGAAAGUUCUGUGAAAUUAGAAGAAAGCGAUAGACAACUAGAAGAAAUUUCAAUGAAAACGGAAGAAAUAUAG